ACUCUGUCUGAAUUGACGCACCAUAUCGGAAUUUAUUCACCGCCCAUAUUCACUGAAAGUAUAUUAUCUAAUAAUAAGAUCAUGUUUCUGCGUCAAGUCAAUCUGCCACUUUAAAAAGGCUUCUUAUUAGAGUGAAAUUUAAAGUAAUCGUGGCACUGAAACUUGGACCUAUAACUGUAGACUUGAGUCUCGAGUCUUAUGAAGAUCAACCUUGAACUUCUAACUUGUUGAAAUAGUGUUACCUUUCCCCAAAAAAGUAUCGAACGAGUUGAGGACUUCUUGAGGAUUAAACCGACCUGCGCUACUGUAUUCCUGGUCAUGAUUAUUAUUGGGUUGGUUUGGACCUAGGCAUGGACCGUUUGCAGAUGUCCGUUCUGUGUAUUGUAAUUCUAACAUGUCUACAGCCCACGUCGUCUCAAACGCAGGAAGUGGUGUGUACUGGUACCCAGAAUGGGCUGAGCUCCACAGGAUCCCAGGAGAACCAGUACAACCUGAUCAAGAACCGCUACACAGGCUGUGAGAUCAUCAUGGGUAACCUGGAGAUCACCCAGAUAGAGACUGACUGGGACUUCAGCUUCCUAGGGACCAUCAGAGAGGUAACGGGCUACAUCCUAAUCGCCAUGAACCACUUCAGACGUCUGCCUCUGGAACAGCUGCGUGUGAUCAGGGGCAACACCCUGUACGACAGAGGGUUCGCCCUCUCUGUUUUCUACAACUACCCCAAGGAGGGCUCCAAUGGCCUGCAGCACCUGGGACUCACAUACCUCACUGAAAUUCUGGAGGGGGGUGUCCAGAUCGUCAACAACAGGUUCCUGAGCUAUGGUCCCUGGGUGAACUGGGAUGACAUUGUGAGGGACAGGGAUAGGGCCAAGGCUCCCAUUGACAUCCAGUACAACGGUCGGAGAGGGCCUUGUCACCCUUCCUGUGGGGAGAACUGCUGGGGGUCUGGUGAAGAACACUGCCAGAUCUUGACUAAGACGGUGUGCGCCCCUCAGUGUAAUGGCCGCUGUUUUGGGACAAGCCCCAGGGACUGCUGUCACAUAGAGUGUGCAGGGGGCUGCACUGCGUCUCAGGAGAGGGACUGCUUUGCGUGCCGUCACUUCAACGACUCAGGCUCCUGUGUGCCCCAGUGUCCCCAGACUCUGAUCUACAACAAGCAGAUGUUUCAGAUGGAGACGAACCCCAACGCCAAGUAUCAGUACGGAUCCAUCUGUGUCUCCCACUGCCCCUCCCACUUCGUGGUGGACGGCAGCUCCUGUGUGAGUGGUUGUCCUCCAGACAAGAAGGAGGUGGAGAGGAGUGGUCAGAGGCAGUGUGAGCUCUGUGGAGGGCUGUGCCCUAAAGCCUGUGAGGGCACAGGGCCUGAGCACAGACAGACGGUGGACUCCAGUAACAUUGACAGCUUCAUCAACUGCACCAAGAUACAGGGCAGUCUGCACUUCCUGGUCACAGGGAUCCUUGGUGAUGACUAUAAGAAUAUCCCACCUCUGGACCCUAAGAAGCUGGAAGUCUUCCGCUCUGUGCAGGAGAUAACAGAUAUCCUAGCCAUCCAGUCGUGGCCUAAAGAGCUAUCAGAUCUGUCAGUGUUCUCCAGUCUUACCACCAUACAGGGAAGAUCUCUUCACAACGCAAAGAGGCGUUUCUCUCUGAUGGUCAUGCGUGUUGCGUCCAUCACCUCUCUAGGUCUGCGUUCCCUGAGAGAGAUCAGUGACGGCAACGUGUACCUCAGCCACAACGCCAAACUGUGUUACCACCACACCGUCAACUGGACACGCCUGUUCACCGGGCACUCCACAAGCCUCAACGACAUCAAGGACAACAGGCCUCUGAGAGAGUGUGUUGAGGAGGAUCACGUGUGUGACCCACUGUGUUCAGACUCAGGCUGCUGGGGCCCGGGGCCUGACCAGUGUCUCUCCUGCAGGAACCACAGCCGAGACUCUACCUGUGUGGCACACUGCAACUUCUACACAGGUCAGCCCAGGGAGUUUGCGGGGCCAAAGGGGGAGUGUGUCGCAUGUCAUCCAGAAUGCCAACCGCAGUAUGGGAGGGAUAGCUGCACUGGACCGGGGUCUGAUGAGUGCGUGAUGUGUUCCAGUAUGAGAGACGGUCCUCACUGUGUGUUCUCCUGCCCCAGUGGGGUGAACGGAGAGAACGGGCAGUUCAUCUACAAAUACCCCAACAAGGACAGCUACUGUGAGCCCUGCCAUGUCAACUGCACACAGGGGUGCUCUGGUCCAGGGUUGAGUGACUGUAUCGACAACACUAGACAGUCCACUAGCACUCAGAUCACAGGAAUAGCUUUGGGAGUGCCGGCUGCCCUCAUAGUCUGCCUGGCAUUGUUUGUGUUGGGCAUGCUGUACCGCCGUGGCCGGGCCAUCCGCAGGAAGAGAGCCAUGAGGAGGUACCUGAAGAGUGAGGAGAGUUUUGAGCCGCUGACCCCAGGAGAGAAAGGGGCUAACGUUCAUGCCCGGAUCCUGAGGGCCCCAGAGCUGAAGAAGGUCAAAGCCCUUGGCUCUGGAGUGUUUGGUACUGUACACAAAGGCCUGUGGAUCCCUGAGGGAGACUCCGUGAAGAUUCCUGUAGCCAUUAAGACCAUCCAGGACCACACAGGCAGACAGACCUUCACUGAGAUCACUGAUCACAUGUUGUCCAUGGGCAGUCUAGACCACCCGUAUAUCGUCAGGCUCUUAGGUGUCUGUCCAGGUGCCAGUCUCCAGCUGGUCACCCAGCUCAGCAGCCAGGGGUCCUUACUGAAGCACAUCAGGCACCACAGGGACAACCUGGAUCCACAGAGGCUUCUCAACUGGUGUGUACAGAUAGCUAAGGGCAUGUAUUAUCUGGAGGAACACUGCAUGGUGCACAGGAAUCUGGCUGCGAGGAACGUGAUGCUGAAGAAUCAUUACUUUGUCCAGAUUUCUGACUACGGUGUGGCUGACCUGCUCUAUCCUGAUGACAAGAAAUAUGUCUACAGUGACAGUAACAAGACUCCCAUAAACAUAAAAUGGAUGGCCCUGGAAAGCAUCUUGUUCCGAACAUACACUCAUCAGAGUGACGUCUGGAGUUAUGGAGUGACAGUGUGGGAGAUGAUGUCAUUCGGAGCAGAGCCCUACGCAUCCAUGCAGCCCCAAGAUGUCCCCAGUGUACUGGAGAAGGGAGAGCGCCUGUCCCAGCCCCACAUCUGUACUAUAGACGUGUACAUGGUCAUGGUUAAGUGCUGGAUGAUCGAUGAGAAUAUUCGCCCGACCUUCAAAGAACUGGCCAAUGACUUUAUUCGCAUGGCAAGAGACCCACCUCGCUACCUUGUCAUCAAGGACAGAGGAGAGGCGCGGCCAGAAGAAUCACACCAACAAGACUCAGAGCUGGACAAUUUGGAGGCGGGACUAGAGGACCAGGAUGAGGAGGGAUUGGAGGAUGGUUUGGCCACCCCUCCCCUUACCCUGUCCCCAUCCAGGAUGUCUCGCCUGAGGAUGAGCUCAUAUAGGAGUGCCAGUGCCACCGUUCAGGCCGGACCAGUAGAGUACCUCCCCAUGACCCCCAGCUCUGGAGAGUUGUUCUCCCAGCAGUCUCAUCUGAACUCAGCGAGGACACUGUCACAGGGGUUCGAGGGAAGAGGGAGUGGCCUGGAUGUUGAGCUGACCGAGGGAGUGUCACUGAGCGACAGCUUGCGCAGGCAUCCCAGAGCUGGCAGGGACAGUAGCAGUAGUACCCACCACACCUCCAUCACCAUGGUGCAUAGGAGCCAAUCUGCAGUCUCAGAGUCACACUCCAACAGGCCUGAGCAAGAGGAUGAGGAGGAGGAAGAUCACUAUGGAUACGUGCUGCCUGGAGUGUCUAACACUCCAGAGGGAGAUUGUCUGCUGUCUCGCCCAGCCUCCAGAAACUAUCGCCCAAGUGGAACAUCUCUCAGGGGCUCUAGGAGCUCCAAAAAUGUGCUGUCACCUUUAGCAACUGCCCCAGACCCCACCGUGGACUAUGAACAGAUGACCAAACAGCCAGCCCAUUUGCCCCGCUCCCCCAGAGCCACAUCUGUACAGAUAGAAGGGCCUUCAUCAGUGGUAUGGAGGAAACAGUCCUCAACUAUGCCCUCCCCAACCUACAAUAUAGCACCCUCACCACUAGAGGGUGACAACACAGUGCAUGGGGCCUCACAGGAGUCAUUGUCAGGCAGUGCAGCCACUCCUGGGGGAAGCCAGGGUUCAACAGAGACCUCUGAUAGUGCUGUGGCUAGAGGAGCAGAGGGAGACAUGCUGCAGCCGCUGGUUGACAGGCUUUACAGUGGAUCUGAUGUGUCUGACAGUGGAGAGGUGACUCAGGGGAGGCCAGAGAAAGCGUCUGUAGUGGAGUAUGAAUACAUGGAUAUUCGGAGCACCACAAACACCACAGACACAGAAAGACCGAUCUGGGAGAGGCGUGAGAGUCGAGCAGCUGACUUGAGGAGGACAGAGGCAGAAGAACGAGAGAGAGAAGAAGAAGGAAAUAGUCAGGAGGUAGAGGAGGAGAAAGGAAAGGAAGGGGAGGAAGUUCACCAGUACACUAACAAGCAGCCCAGACUCCUCCCCAAGCCAAUGCCCAAGCCCAGCCUCCUCCCCAAGCCAAGGCCCAAACCCAGCCUCAGCCCCAAUCCCAACCCCAGGCCAGAUGGCUUCACAGCAGUGGAAGACAGCCAGGUGGAGGUAUAUGAGGAGAUGCAUGCCUUUGGAGGGGGCUCCCAGCGAGGGGACCACCAGGAGGCAGAGUACCAGAAUCUCCCAGUCCCAGGCAAGGGGAGGGCCACCACGGCUGAGGAGGGGGGCGCGGGUAGCAGGUGUGCCGGGCUAGGGUUGGGAGGGUACAUCAAAGCAUGCUCUGGUGUGGGAGUGGUAGAGCCGAGCAGCAACACAUCGUUUGACAACCCUGACUACUGGCACAGCAGACUGUUCCUCAAGCCAGAUGCUGUGCGCACAUAAUGAUGUGGACUGAGAAAACAACAACAACCGUGACCAAGCAAAGCACAGCCAGAGGUGUUUUAUAGAACCAUGUAACAGACUGGGGUGCAUCUCAACCAGUAAUGUAGCACUCCUUUAGUACUGUUGAAUGUGUUGUUUAUAAUGUAGUGUAUGUAUUCUCAGUUGGUUUACACAUCAUCCAUCCAAACAUCAUUGACCAAAAAAACAUCUGCAAAAUGUCCUAUGUAGCAUUAAUGUUAUCUAUCAGUUUAUAGUGACAUCUCAGUCUAAGAAAUGUAACCAAAUAGGCAGCUAUAUAUUAAACAACAGCAAAGGAUGGCCUAAGCUGUGAGCAAGAAUCAAUAAGUCAAAGACAAACAGAAUAGUGAGAAAUAGAUGCACAUAGAUCUUAAUGUACAAAGAUACACAAAGCAUAUAGAAUGUACAAAGAUACACAAAGCAUAUAGAGUGUACAAAGAUACACAAAGCAUAUAGAAUGUACAAAGAUACACAAAGCAUAUAGAAUGUACAAAGAUACACAAAGCAGGCAGUUAACCCACUGUUCCUAGGCCGUCAUUGAAAAUAAGAAUUUGUUCUUAACUGACUUGCCUGGUUAAAUAAAGGUAAAAUUAAAAAAAUAAAAAUAUAGUGCACAAAGAUACGCAAAGCAUAUAGAGUGUACAAAGAUACACAAAGAAUAUAGAGUGUACAAAGAUACACAAAGAAUAUAGAGUGUACAAAGAUACACAAAGAAUAUAGAGUGUACAAAGAUACACAAAGAAUAUAGAGUGUAAAAAGAUACACAAAGCAUAGAUACAUAAAGUAGAAAUAGCAGGCCAAUGUACACAUACUAAUGGAUCAAAUUUGCACAGUGUUUGCACUUCAACUUGUUCCACUUCCUGGUGAAGCUGAGUUGACCUACAUAGAUAGAACCUCAAGGUUCCCUGGGUGUGAGGCCUACCAUGUAAUGUACAUUUGUAGCUUAUAGUUUCCUCUAUGAAAUGAAGUAUUCUUGAUGAACAUGACUGUAUGGAUGAAUUUCAGUCAUGUAUUGACUAUGUUAUUACAAGUAUGUGUGUGUAUGUGUUUCAAGUUUUAAUGUUGCAUGCACAAGUACAGUGAAAUGCAUUUCUUGCUCACUCUAAAUUCAACAAUGCAAUAAUCAAUAUCAAUUUAGUACUAAAAAUAACAUAAGGUAGAACAAGAAAAAUAAAUAAAUAUGAAGAACAUGAGAAGUUGGUAAACUACAGUGUAUUUGGAAAGUAUUCAGACCCCACAUUUUGUUGAAUUACAGCCUUAUUCUAAAAUGGAUUAAAUAAAAAGGUCAUCAAU